AUGAAGGAAAUUUCUGCAAACACAAACCCUAGCAUUCCAAAAGAAGAGUUUUAUAGCGAUCUUGUUGAUCAAAUCAACGCAAUUACCGAAGAUCAAACCUAUUGGGUUACUAAUCUUUCGAAUGCAUCUUCUGUGAUCUAUCAUGGUUUGAAAUCACUUGAGCAUUUCCAAAAGAAACCUAUCAACUGGGCUGGUUUUUAUUUGGUUGACCCCAAGAAUGAAAAGAACUUGAUUUUGGGUCCCUUCCAGGGCAAGGUGGCCUGUACUGCUAUCCCAUUCGGAAAGGGCGUAUGUGGUGCUGCUGCUGCUACUCAAACCACUCAGCUCGUCAAGGAUGUUCAUGAGUUUCCUGGCCAUAUUGCUUGUGAUGCUGCCUCCAACUCUGAGAUUGUUGUACCAAUAGUAAAAGAUAAGCGUCUAUUGGGUGUAUUGGAUAUUGAUUGUGAAGAGGUCGAAGGUUUUGAUGAUGUCGAUCGUAAAGGUUUAGAGGCAGUUGUCAAGGUAAUCGUCGCCAAUUGUGAGUGGUAA